AUGGCAGCUUUAACAGAAACUCUUCUCUGCUUCAACAUCCAUCAUCAUCAAACCAACCUCCUUCGUCGUUCAUCUAACCAAACACUCCACUUUUCACCUCCAAAGCCUCUCUUGAUCUCUUCACAUGGCCGCUCUAACCGAUUCAAAGCUCUCCCAGAGACAAUCACAGUCAAAUUGGAAAAGGAGGAGAAACAAGAAGACACAAUCGCCGAUCUUAACCCUCCUGCGAGCACUAUCAACACAAAGCUCUACUUUGGGAACUUGCCUUACAACGUAGACAGUGCAACACUCGCUCAAAUCAUCCAAGACUUCGCAAACCCUGAGCUCGUCGAGGUUCUUUACAACAGAGACACAGGACAGAGCCGUGGAUUCGCCUUUGUAACCAUGAGCAAUGUCGAAGACUGUAACAUCAUCAUCGAAAACCUCGAUGGAACUGAGUAUCUUGGUAGGGCGUUGAAGGUGAACUUUGCAGACAAACCAAAGCCGAACAAAGAACCUCUGUAUCCAGAAACAGAGUAUAAGCUGUUUGUUGGUAACUUGUCAUGGACGGUAACUUCAGAGUCAUUAGCUGGAGCGUUUAGGGAAUGUGGAGAUGUGGUUGGAGCUAGGGUUGUGUUCGAUGGAGAUACAGGGAAGUCACGAGGUUAUGGCUUUGUGUGUUACUCUUCUCAAGCGGAAAUGGAAACAGCGCUUGAGUCUCUUGAUGGGUUUGAGCUUGAGGGUCGUGCGAUUCGAGUGAAUCUUGCUCAAGGGAAGAAAUACUGA